AUGUAUACGAGUACUACAGUUAUUAACUAUGGCGCCAUUAUCGAUGCUCAUAGAGAUCGUCAAUGGAAUAUAAACGUUUUCAUAAAAGAACAAUAUUCAGAACUAAAAUGUUGGAAGAAACUAUAUUGGAGAUUUUGGAGUCAAAUCAAUUACCUACGUUGCAUAAACUGUAACGAAUUGUUUCCCUGUUCUGACUUAUCAUGUUGCAACGCCAAAGGCAACGAUAACAACAGCGGAAAAAUUGCAGUCAGUAAAAAAAUGGCUGUAUUUGAUCCAUGUAAAAUCGUUCAGUCAAAUACAAGACAAGAACAUGUUUAUUCGCCCACCAAUACAGAUAAUAAUAACCUUUUCAUGGCUAAGAUAUGGCAAACCCUUAUUAAUCACAAGGAUGAUAUCUGCUGUAUGAAUACCACUUCAACAAAGAGCAGACAGUUGAAAUCUAAUCCAUUUGCUGCAGAAGAUUUGUUCAAUCAAGGAUUAAAGGUUAAUCUCCAAGUCAAAAAGACUGUCUUGAUAAAUACCGAUGAUUUUAGUAUUAGCUCAUGUGAGGAAGAUGACAGUGAAAAUGACACUCCGAUAUCGUGGAAGAUUUUAAAAGAGACUAGUAUAAGCCUAUCAAAGCAGGAAUUAACAAAACAUGGGGUUUCUGCACAACAUUUAAAUCUAUGGGAUAACGAUAGAAAUGAUAGAUGGAAUGAAGAUAUGCAAAGAGAAGAAGAAAAGAAGUUUAAAGCGGAAAUUGAAAAUAUCGCUUUAACUUCGCUUCCAAUGGUUCAAAAUUCAACAGCGAACAAUAGCAUUAAUAAUAACUUGAGGCCGAGGUAUGAAAUUCGUUGA